GGAUUUUUUUUGCGCGCAGCGCUUGGAAACCAAGUCUGCUUAGUAGCCGCCCUACUGUCACGUACUCGGCGAGUAGUUCGUUUUUCUCCUGGUUAGUCAGUUGAACUUUAUUCAUAUGAAACCAUGAGUCACUCUAAACGGGAGGAGAAAAGCCGUUCCUACAAACAGUGGAAAGUUUGGCUGACAAGUAAUUACACGCAACAGAAAGGAAAACAUGUUCCAAUUGCUGACAUUUUGGAGCACGCAGAUAUGGUGAAAGAUAGAUUCAUCCUACCACUAGACCGCAGGACCCUUGGAUCUUUGGUUAAAGAACUUUAUAAUGAUGUAACAAUCAGUCGUAGGCAGCUUGAAGAAAAAAAGUAUCGUGUUUAUGUGAACCUUGAAAAAAGUAAGAGCCUAUGCAAAGGUGGGGAGGAUAAUAUGCUAGCUGAGGCCACAAAGUUUGCCACUUCACAUGGAUGGCAUGUUCUCACUGAAUCUGACAGAAGGCUGAGUCUGAUAAAAAUCAGAGCUUUGGAAUUUAAUGGCAUGCGAGUAACCACUGAAAUCUGUGUGGAAGAAGGUAUUGAGAAAGGCCCUCUUCGGCUGGCUCUGAAGUCGAUGGGUCGUUUGGUUGACCCUGAAAAUAUCUUGCAAGUUGAUCUUUCUAUUGGAGAAAAGUUGCUUUCUUUGAUGGCACUAAUGGAGAAAUCUAAACUCUGCGAAGGUAUAGAUGAUGAUGAAAGCUUCUUCAUCAGUGGUUCCUGGUUGAGAGGAACCUUAAAGGACACAAGCAUAACAGGUCCUAACAGCUGUAAGAACAAAAUAUUUUCCAAUGAUUGUGUUAUUUUAGCCAAAUCUUAUAAAUCCAGAAGUUGUAGCAAAUGUGAUGCCUUGAAAAACAAUAUUCAACAGAAUAAAAGAAGAAAGGUUGAUGGAGAACCUUCUCCCUACUGUAAUUACAGGUGGCUAGAUAAACACCACCUUGAGCAAAAGUUGAAAGACAAGACAAGAAAGAUGAGGAAUGCAAAGCAAAAAGAUAAAAAUUUGAAAGAAGUUUGACUUAAGGUAGCCCAAGCUUUCUUUUAGCGACACAGGGUCUAUGCGAACAGCAAGAAACAAUUUAAAAUUCGAAGAGCCAGAAAUGAAAUGUAAUCUGAAAUGUUUGAUAUGUUUUGGCCAUUUUCCUUUAAACUUCAAUGUGAAAACCCCAAGUUUCAUGGUCUGCAGGACAGGAACUAUACAUUGAAAACCAGACUAUCUUGUUCUCUAAGCUGAAAAAUAAGGUUCUAGGCUGACUUUGCUCGAAUAAGCGCCCCACCCCUCCCCCAUCAGGUUUUAUUUAACCAAGUUAAAUGACUUUUAUACAUAUACUGAAGUAAAUAUCCUCAUCGGUUGCUGUUCAUAUCUAAUAUACAAAACACAUUGUCCCGCAUUGGAGCUCAUAGAAUCUGAGCAAGAAAGAGUCAAAUACAGUAUUUGAUGGAUAAAAGUUUAUUUUUAAAAGCUACCUAAGUUGUAAGAAGAGAUGAAGAAACUGUUGUUAGUAGUAUUAUAUUUGUAUUUAAAGAAAACUUUUGUCAUUUGUGCAGAUUUCUUCCUUUUAAAUAAACGCCUCCCUCAAA